AAAAUGACACUCAACAGGUACCAUCAGGGUGGAAGUCGUCCGAAAAGGUUAAAAUCGAGAUCAAUUUAGGAGCCUGGGGUAACUUCCUAUUCCUGUUUCGGAAUUAUAGAACGAGGACUGAAAGAUUUGCGCCAGUUACUGUAAUGGUUUUGUAAGAAAGGCAUUCAGUACCUCAAGACUGAAAUUUGAAGAACUAUAAAAAUUGAGCAUGUUCCAGAGUUCAAAAGAGAUUUGUAAGAAUGAAGGAGUUAAUCUGUUGUAAGAAGUGUACCCUUCAAGCAAACAAAUAUAUCAAACAAAAAUGAGAACCUCAACUUUUACUGCUAUCCUUUCUGUGCUCACUUCUGGCGUUUUUGCCUCCCCAAUUUCAUUCCAGCCCCUUGAAGUUAAAGCUACAAAUGUCUCAACAGCUGUUUCAAUUGAAGGUAUUACUGAUUCUUACUUGGAAACUUGGGACGACUUCACCUACCCAAGUAUUGAGAACUGUAAUGCAACUCAAGUUAAAAUGAUUAACAAAUAUUAUCAAGACUUGUUAGAAGUUGCUAGUGUUGCCAGAGCGCAUUUGAUCUCUGAAGGUGUUGAUGAAGCAUUCGAGCACUGGUUUGGUGAAAAUGGUAACCCACUUACUGUUUUGGGCGUCAUUGAUAACAUUGUCCAAGGUGACAAAUCUGGUGUUCUUUACAGAUGUGAUGAUAUCGAAGGUACUUGUGCCUCUCACCCAACUACCUACCCAGGUUACCACAGAGUCAAUGCUUCCCAAGAAACAGUACUCUGUGAUUUGUUCUUCACAUCCAAGAAACCCUUAGAGGAUAUGUGUGUCAUUGGCAACAUUACCACUGUUAAACCAAAAAAGUUUGCUGGAAUUGACCUUUUCCACAGAUUUUUGCACAUCGAAAGUAUCAGCAAGGGUUUUGUUGCUGAAUAUGUCGAGGACAUGGAUCAGCUUGUUGAUUAUGCUGAGCACAACUCUUCUUAUGCCGUUAUCAACACUGACAACAUUUUGUACUACAUUGCAGAGUCAUAUGCUCUUGAACUUACUCCAGGUGGAUGUUUGGGAGACUAUCCAGGUAACUAAGUCACAGCUAAAGUUGAUAUCCUUUCAAUUUUCAUGUAAUUCUGACUCAAAAAACAUUUCUGACGUGGAGUUAAUAUAACUCGUUUUAUAUCUGCAAAAUAAUUCGUUUUCUUAAUCCAAAACGGGCAGUUUUUGAUCGAUUUCUCCUUUUAUAAUAAAAUGCUGUUUUUCAA